CGCCCUGUCUCUUUGUGUGAAGGCUGCACCUGCGCUAUAGCCGACACAGUAUUUAGACACUUUCCGGCUAUAGCCUAUAGGCCUAAGUUAACAUUUGUACAAGCCCCGGACUUUUCCACCAGUGAGGGUUCUUUUAUGAAACCUUUAUCUCAACAAUGUAUCGCUCAUUCUGGAAAAGAAAGUGAUUCAAAACCAGGAGAAAUGAGUGAGGAAGCCAAAGUGGCACCUGGUUACACAGCGACAACAACACCGCACCAACAGAAUCCAGCACAGCUGAAUGGACUAACCUUGGCACAUGAUGUCACCAGUUCUACCUCCCAACCUCCGUUUGAAUCUCAACCCACAUCCCCGGCAGCCCCCCCUGAACCUUACCUUCCUAGAGAGCAGUGGGGAGGGAAAUAUGAAUUCCUGCUCUCUUGUAUUGGAUACUGUGUGGGACUGGGAAAUGUGUGGAGGUUUCCCUACCUCUGUUACCGCAAUGGAGGAGGUGUGUUCCUGAUCCCCUACUUCAUCAUGAUGUUCUUCACUGGGGUCCCCCUCUUCCUCAUGGAGCUCAGCCUCGGUCAGUACGGAGCGGCGGGGCCAAUCACGGUGUGGAAGUGCUGCCCUCUCCUAAAAGGCAUUGGCAUUGGAAUGCUCUGCGUUUCCACCCUGGUAUGCCUCUACUACAAUGUCAUCAUAGCCUGGACCUUCUACUACCUGUUCAGUUCCUUCCAGAGCCCUCUGCCCUGGUCUUGUGAAGCCCUGGCUAACGUUGCCCUCUGUGGCAACAUGACCUCUGGAAACCGUUCGUCCGGCAGAACUCUCAGCCCCACCGAGGUGUUCUGGAAUGAGCGUGUCCUGGGUGUAGUAAACAGCAAGGGCCUCCAUGACCCAGGGCCUGUCAGGUGGCCUCUGGCCCUCUGUCUCCUUGCUGCCUGGAUCAUCAUCUUCCUCUGCAUGAUCAAGGGAAUCCGCAGCUCUGGGAAGGUUGUUUACGUGACGGCCACCUUCCCAUACUUUGUCCUCAUCGUUUUGAUCAUCCGAGGGGCCACGCUUGAAGGGUCCCUACAGGGGGUGGCCUUCUACUUGACGCCCGACUGGGAAAGGCUGGCCAGGGCACAGGUGUGGAACGACGCAGCAUCGCAGAUCUUCUACUCUCUGGGCAUUGGUUUUGGAGGGUUGCUCUCCAUGGCAUCCUAUAAUAAGUUUGACAACAAUGUGAUCAGGGACACUCUGGUGAUCACCAUAGGGAACUGCAGCACCAGCUUCUUUGCAGGGUUUGCCAUUUUCUCCAUUCUGGGUCACAUGGCAUGGAAGAAGGGAGUUCCGGUUGGGGAAGUAGCAGACACAGGCCCUGGUUUGGCGUUUGUUGCUUACCCAGAAGCCCUUGCUUUGCUGCCAGGCUCUGUGUUCUGGUCCAUUCUAUUCUUCCUAAUGCUCUUCAUGCUGGGCGUCGACACACUGUUUGGAAACAUGGAAGCCAUCACUACAGCAUUCGUGGAUGAAUUUCCCCAGCUCAGAGCAAACCUGAAGCACAAGUCUCUGUUCCUGGCACUGCUGUGUUUUGUUUUUUACUUGAUGGGUCUCCUGUUGAUCACCGACGGAGGCAUUUACUGGUUCACCCUCAUCGACUCCUUCAGCACUAGUUUCGGUCUCAUCAUCAUCACCCUCUUCAUGUGUAUUGGCAUCUCCUUCUUCUAUGGGGUGAACCAGUUUUGUCAAGACAUCCUCGACAUGAUCUGCCGUUGUCCUCCGUGGUGCAGCAAAGUGCUGCUCUACUUCAAAGCAUGUUGGGUAUUUUGCACGCCAUUUCUACUGCUGUUUAUCCUGACCUAUGUCUUCAUAGAGAUGUACCGCACCCCACUCCACUAUGGGUCCUACCUGUUCCCUCUAUGGGGCAAGGCCUUGGGUGUGUGCAUGGGUGCCACCUGCUGUCUACAGAUCCCCAUCUGGGCGAUUGUAGCUAUAUGCAGAGAGUCGGGGACGCUAAAAGACCGUUUCAAGAAAUCUAUCCGACCUUUGAAUUCCUGGAGGGUGAACGACCUUCACAGCAAUGGGUCGGAGGAGAGAGUGGAGCCCGAGAGGAUCGAGGCUCCUUUCACGGUCAACCUCACUGACUUUGACUUUACCGCCACAACCUGGGAAGAUGGAACGGACACUUGAAAACGGAUGUACAGCUAUUUUAUAUGACACGAUCAAGAGUCUCCCUGUCUUGUCUUUGGCCCAGGCCCAGCUAAGAUUUAGCUUGUCGGUGAGCGGCAAUCUUAAAGGCACAGACUGGCAUCUGUUACCUAAGGACAAUAUGAAUGGAUCUUUUUUGAUAUUUAUGCUUUUAUGUAUUGUACAAGCGUUUUUUCACUCUACGCAAUUUUCAUGGAUGUGUACUGCGGAAUGCAUUUGUAGAAAGUGUUUUUCGUCCUUCACUGGAGGAAUGCAAACCUUGGUACGCAGACAAAGGCUGACUUGAUGUCUACUGGUAGACUGGCUGAAUAUUUAAGGCUGUCACCCUCUUUUUACAUUCUCAGAUUAUGAUCACAUCAGAUGGUCAUAGAACAAUAUGCUAACUUUUAUAUUAUGGAGGAAUAAAAGUAAUCUAAUAUGAAACUGUUA